AUGAAGAUUCUGUUUGUUCUUCUGCUGCUUUUUGGACUCUGCAACAACACAAGUUUUCCUGCUAACAUCAACAUAGGUGCGCUUUUCCCACCCGCGUCCCAUGAGUACGGGGUGUUCCGCUUCGCCUUGGCGGGGCGUCGUGACGUGCCCAGGCUGGUGCCUCAGGUGGACGCCGUGGAGACGGCGAGCAGCUUCGCCAUGACCUACGCUUUCUGCUCGCAGCUGGCCAAGGGGGUCCACGCCAUCAUGGGCGUGUACCACCUGAGGACCGCCAACAUGGUGGCGUCCUUCUGCGGCGCGCUUCACGUCAGUUUCAUCACGCCGUCGUUUCCCGCCCUGGCCAGCAACCAGUUUGUGCUGCAGUUGCGUCCGCAGCUGCAGGAGCCUCUCAUGGCGCUGUUGGACCACUUCGGCUGGACGCGCUUCGUCUACAUGUACAGCGCCGACACAGGUCUGUCGGUUCUGAAGAAUGUUCUGGACCGUGCGGCCGAGCGAGGCUGGCAGGUGACGUCGGUCAACAUGGACGCUCUGACAGAGUCCAUGUUCAUCAAGCUGCUGGUGGACUUGGACUUCAACAAGGCGUUCCAAGUGGUUCUGGACUGCGAGUCGGACCGCCUCAACGCCAUCCUGAGUCUGAUUUCAGCGCAGAAAAGAAACCUGAAGAAUUAUCAUUACAUCCUCCUCAAUAUGGGCUUCGUAGAGUUGAACAUGACAGAAUUCCAGAAGUUGUCCCCAAACGUGACGGGCUUCCAGUUGGUCAACUGGUCAGAUUCCAGCGUCUCCAAGGUCCAGCAGGAGUGGAUGGCCUUUGACCCUAACGACGUCCCCGCGCCGCGUCGCAGCCUGCGGUACACAGGCGCCCUGACCUACGACGGCGUCAGCGUCCUGGCCGCGGCGUUCCAGAACCUCCGGCGACAGCGCAUCGACGUCUCUCGCCGCGGCAACGCCGGGGAGUGUUUGGGCAACCCCACCGCCCCCUGGGGGCAGGGCAUCGACAUCCAGAGAGCACUGCACCAGGUGCGUCUGGACGGGCUGACGGGCUACGUUCAGUUUGAUGAGCGAGGACUUCGUAGCAACGUCACGCUGACAGUCAUGGAACUGGGCCCUACUGGACCCAGAAAGGUGGGCAUGUGGAGCGGGAAGCGAGGCUACGUGAAGGUGGCAAAGUACAAACCCCCCCCAGAGGAGUUCCACGGGCUCCAGAACCGCACCUACGUGGUCACCACCAUCCUGGAGGCGCCGUACAUGAUGCUGAAGAAGAACCACGAGCAGCUGGUGGGAAACGACAGGUACGAAGGCUACUGCGCCGAGCUGGCGGCAGAGAUCGCCAAGCAUGUGGGCUUCGCCUACCGACUGGAGCUGGUGGGCGACGGCAAGUACGGCGCCAGAGACGCGGACACCAAGCUGUGGAACGGCAUGGUGGGAGAACUGUUCUACGGGAAGGCGGACGUGGCGGUCGCCCCGCUGACCAUCACACUGGUCCGUGAGCAGGUGAUCGACUUCACCAAGCCCUUCAUGUCCCUGGGCAUCUCCAUCAUGAUCAAGAAGCCCACCAAGUCCAAGCCCAGCGUCUUCUCCUUCUUGGACCCGCUGGCCUACGAGAUCUGGAUGUGCAUCGUCUUCGCCUACAUCGGCGUCAGCGUGGUGCUCUUCCUGGUGAGUCGCUUCAGUCCUUACGAGUGGAAGAAGGAAGAUGAGGAAGACGAUGAAGAUCCGCACUCGUGUGCGGCCGCUUCUCAACAAGCUCCGCCCACUUCUUCCUCCGCAGGGUACCAGCUUCCUUCGGCUCCGAGCCAGGACCAGAACCAGAACCAGCAGAAAGACAAAGAGAGUCCCGAACACUCCAACGACUUUGGCAUCUUUAAUUCCUUGUGGUUCUCCUUGGGAGCCUUCAUGCAGCAAGGAUGUGACAUCUCGCCCAGGUCCCUGUCGGGUCGCAUCGUGGGCGGAGUCUGGUGGUUCUUCACCCUCAUCAUCAUCUCGUCGUACACGGCGAACCUGGCCGCCUUCCUCACCGUGGAGAGGAUGGUGUCGCCCAUCGAGGGCGCCGAGGACCUCGCCAAGCAGACCGAGAUCGUCUACGGGACUUUGGACGGCGGCUCCACCAAAGAGUUCUUCAGGAGGUCAAAGAUCGGCGUGUUCGAGAAAAUGUGGUCGUACAUGCGCGGCACCGACCCGUCGGUCUUCGUCAAGAACACCAACGAGGGCGUGAGCCGCGUGCGCAAGUCCAAAGGGAGGUACGCCUACCUGCUGGAGUCGUCCAUGAACGAGUACAUCGAGCAGCGCAAGCCGUGCGACACCAUGAAAGUGGGCGGGAACCUGGACUCCAAGGGCUACGGCGUGGCCACGCCCAAAGGAUCGCCGCUCAGAAUCCCAGUAAACCUGGCAGUUCUCAAGCUCAAUGAACAAGCCGUCUUAGACAAGUUGAAAAACAAGUGGUGGUAUGACAAAGGCGAGUGCGGACACAAGGACUCCGGCAGAAAGGACAAGACCAGCGCUCUCAGCCUGAGCAACGUGGCGGGAAUCUUCUACAUCCUGAUUGGAGGACUGGGACUGGCCAUGAUGGUGGCGCUGUUGGAGUUCUGCUACAAGUCUCGCUUGGAAUCCAAGAGGAUGAAGGAGCUGAUCGACGCCGCCAUGUUGAGCAGCGGCCUGGGAGCGAUGGCCCUGGCGGGAGGCGGAGUCACAGUGGGCAGGUUCGGAGGAGGCGGGGCUUCAGGGCUGGUGGGCGAGAAUGGUCGGGUGUUGUCACGUGACUUGCAGAGGUCCGGCGCUCAAAGUUUACCGUGCAUGAGCAAAGCUGCUAGUUUGGGAUUGUCCUCCAAGGUCAUGUGACCAGCAGCGAGACACCUGGUUGGACGCAGCCGCCUGACAAUCACAGGAGGCAGCACAGAUGAACUGAGUGCACC